AUGCCUCCUAAACGCGCAAAGAAAGUUACCUCAGCAGCGAAAAACCCCCCAUCACCCCCACUGUCCGAGAAGAAUGCCACGACAACAAACCUACCCGUGCCCGAGCUCAGUGAGCAUGCCAGCCCACCCGGCUCGCAGCAAAGCGAGAUCACAGACACCGUCCCCUUCGACUCAGAUGAAGAGAUGCCAGAGGAAACCGAGCACACCGUCAUCGAAGAAGCAGACAAGGAGAAAAGAUCCGGCUACGCAGGCGGAUACAACGCCCUCAAGUCAUUCAAAGGACAAGUAUACUCGGGGAUGGCGGUAGGCGGAUCCCACACCUGGACCUACGACUCGGGAACCUGGAAAGAAACCAAGGAAGAGCCGGAUCUCUGGCGGAUCGACUACAGGACCAACAAGCGGCGAGCGCGCAAGGCGCCAGAGGGGAGCGGCGCCCCCGUCGGAACGGAGUACCACUGGCUGAUAGUGGCGCAUCAGCAUGUGAAGAAGGUGGAUGCGAACACGUACGAGACGCAUCUGACGGGCUCAAAGUACAAGCUGGCGUACAAGUCUGCGUCGGCGAACUCGUGGUCUAUUCCUACGGUGAAGAAGCAGCGCGAGAGGGAGGUGGAGUUGCUUGAGGAUGCGAAGCAAAGGGUUCAAGGGCUGCCGCCGGUGUUGGCGGCGGAGAAGAUUAGAGUGGAGAAGCAUGAGAAGGGGCAGCAGAGGCUGGAUAGUAUGUUUACCAAGGCUGGAAGCGCGGAUUCGGGGUCGAAGAAGAGGAAGAUUGAUACGACCUAG